CCGUCUUCAAAAUAAACAUGUGUUACGUUGUUUAUCUUUCUCGGCUGCAAGUGACAAUUUUAAAAACGUUUCCAAUAUCAGAUGACAUUGGCAUUAAAAAAGAUUUUUUACUUCAGAAGCACCAUCGCCUAUUAAAGACUAAGGAAUAUAUUAUAUACAACAGUUGUGUAAAUUUGGUUACAUAAAUCUGUGGAACAAGUAAUGUGGAAUACCACCUCUGAGUGAUAAUAUUUACAAACUUUGUUUACGUGACUAUCUGAAUGUGUGCAAGCUUAUUUUGCACUCUACUUAAACGUGGAUAGAUGUAAAAAAAGAGUUUGCAAUAUCUUCAGCACUUGACAGAUAUCACUGUUGAUAGAAAUACAGCAGUAAGUAUUGUUUUUACAAAUGAGAUGUAAAAAUAGAAAGAAAGAAAAUAUCAAUAUAUUGUGAAAGAAUAAUUACAGCAAAGACCUGCUGGGGCAAGUGAAUUCGAAAUCGUGAUGGCACCUUUACCAGUGGAGCACUAAGAGCACUGUCUGAGCAUGAUUGUUAUCAUGCGAAAUUUGUCGGAAAUUCUUCUUUGAAAUUGAUUGUUUACCUGAACUCAUGCACACUAAUAUAGGAGGAAAACCAUAUUGCUGUAAUAUUUGUAGCAAAUCUUUCUCUAAAAUCCGUAGCUUAACGAAGCAUAAAUGCAUUCAUACAAGAGAAAAACUGCAUCACUGUGAAAUCUGUGGUGCAUCUUUCUCAAAUGAAAAUAACUUAAUUUGUCAUAAACGUAUUCAUACAGGAGAGAGACCAUAUCACUGUGACAUCUGCGGUAACUCGUUUUCUCAACAUAAUCAUUUAACCAAACAUAAACACAUUCAUACUGGAGAUAAACCAUAUCAUUGUGAUAUCUGUGGCACAUCAUUUUCUCAAACUGCUCAUUUAACCAAACAUAAACGCAUUCAUACUGGUGAGAAACCAUAUCAUUGUGAUGCCUGUGGUAAAUUAUUCUCUAGAAAUGAUCACUUAGCAAAACAUGUGCAUAUUCAUACAGGGCAAAAACCAUUUCACUGUCAUGUCUGUGGUAAAUCAUUCUCUCAAGAAACUAAUGUUACUACUCACAAGCGCAUUCAUACAAGAAGAGAAGUCAUAUGACUGUGAUAUUUGUGGUACAUUAUUCUCUAGAAAUGAUCAUUUGAAAAAACACAAACGUAUUCAUACAGGAGAAAAACCAUAUCACUGUCAUAUCUGUGGUAAAUCAUUCUCUCAAAAACCUAACCUAAUUAGUGACAAGCACAUUCAUACAGAACAGACACUAUUCCACUGUAGUAUCUGUUUUAAAUCAUCCUCGCAAAGUGAUAAUAAUGACAUAAGGAUGUACCAAUGUAUUCAUACAGGAGAGAAGCCAUAUCACUGUAAUAUAUGUGAUAAAUCAUUCUCUAGCGAAAAUAACUUUGCUGCUCAUAAACGAAGUCAUACUGGAGAGAAGCCAUAUCACUGUGAUCUCUGUGGUAACUCAUUCUCUCGCAGAUACUGUUUAACUAAACACAUGUACACACACACUGGUGAAAAACCAUAUCACUGUGAUAUCUGUGGUAAAUCAUUCUCUCAAAACAGUAACUUAACUAAGCACAAGCGUGUUCAUACAGGGUAGAAGCCACAUCAGUAUGAUGUCUGUUGUAAAUCAUUUUCUCAGCAUCAUCACUUAUUUAUUCACAAACACAUUCAUACAGGAUAGAAGUCAUAUCACUGUUGCAUGUAGUAAAUCAUUUGCAGCAGAAAACAAAAAUUGACUAAGUUACACAUGUGUAGAAGUAGGAUGUGAUGGAGGAGGAGAUCAUGUAACAUGACUGUGCUAAUCUAACCACAAACUUCAGAACUCACAAAUUCGAUGGAUUUAUUGGUGCUGCCAGACCCAUUGAGUAAGAAGUUGUUUCACAAACUAUGUGGUUACUGCACAUCAUCUUAGGCAAGUGUAUGUAACUAGCUGUGAGUUGAUGUGAAAUUUGGUCUAUGGAUACUGCCCACCUUAUUAAUGUAUGUGUGAGUGUAUGUAUGUGUCCAGGUUUAUAUUUACCAGAGUUGUGUCAAAAAGUGCAACUACGCGCAGGAGUGGCUAUGUGGCAAGUAGCUUGCUUACCAACUACAUGGUUCUGGGUUCAGUCCCACUGCGUGGCACCUUGGGCAAGUGUCUUCUAUUAUAGCCUCAGGCCAACCAAAGCCUUGUGAGUGGAUUUGAUAGACGAAAACUGAAAGAAGCCUGUCGUAUAUUUGUAUAUAUAUAUAUAUAUAUAUAUAUGUAUGUGUGUGUAUAUGUUUGUGUAUCUAUGUUUGUCCCCCCAACAUCGCUUGACAACCGAUGGUGGUGUGUGGUGUGUUUAUGUCCCCGUAACUUAGCAUUUUGGCAAAAGAGACUGAUAGAAUAAGUACUAGGCUUACAAACAAUAAGUCCUGGGGUCGAUUUGCUCGACUAAAGGCGGUGCUCCAGCAUGGCCACAGUCAAAUGACUGAAACAAGUAAAAGUGUAAACAGAAUAUUGAUAUAUGCAAUAAACAACAUUCUUCAUUUCUGCAGUUAGAAAAAAAGAGCUUGGAACUUGUUAUUUAAUGAUGUUUGCAUGAACCUUCAAACAAACGUUUGUAAGUUCAGAUAAAUUGCAUUAAUUAGAAUUGAUAUUUUUAACUCUGAUUUUGAUGAGAUAAUUGUUUAUUUUUCAAAUGACGUAGAUGUGUGUAAGAGGCCAGAUUUGGCCAGUUUGAAGAUAAAUGAGGUAGAAUAUACUGGCCGGAUAUGGCCACUUUAAAUGCUAGAGAUAACUAUUUAGCAUUCAGAUUUCUGUGAAAUAAAAUAUUUAUUCACAUUGA